UUACGACUGCCAAUGGCUGAAACGACGAAUCUCCCCUCCGCGAUGGAUGUCGAUGAGACUGCCAUCGACGAGGGCCUCUACUCCCGUCAACUCUAUGUCCUAGGUCACGAAGCAAUGAAGCGCAUGGCCGCUUCGAAUGUACUCAUCGUAGGCCUCAGAGGUCUUGGUGUGGAGAUCGCCAAGAAUUUGGUUCUUGCUGGCGUGAAGUCUGUCACUGUCUACGACCCAGAGCCUGUAGAGAUCCAAGAUCUCAGCUCACAGUACUUCCUGCGCAAAGAGGAUAUCGGCAAGCCUCGUGCGGAGAUCGCAGUCCCUCGUCUUGCUGAACUCAACGCAUAUGUCCCCGUACGGAACUUGGGUGGAGAGAGAGGGCAGGAGAUUACGGUCGAGAUGAUCAAGGGUUUCCAGGCUGUUGUCCUCACCAACGCUUCUCUGAGCAAGCAAUUAGAGAUUAACGACUGGACACACACAAAUGGCGUUCUUUUCAUCGCCGCCGAGACUCGUGGACUCUUCGGCUCAGCCUUCAACGAUUUUGGGCCCAAGUUCACUUGCGUCGAUCCUACCGGCGAGCAGCCACUGAGUGGUAUGAUCGUGUCUGUCGAGAAGGACAAAGAUGGUCUUGUUACUUGCUUGGACGAGACCCGACAUGGCCUCGAGGAUGGUGACUUCGUCACAUUCUCUGAGGUGCAGGGCAUGACCGAGCUCAAUGGAUGCGAGCCCCGCAAGGUCUCUGUAAAAGGGCCGUAUACUUUCUCCAUUGGCGACACCUCAAACUUCGGCGGGUACAAGCUGGGAGGCAUCUUCACGCAAGUCAAGAUGCCCAAGAUUCUUGAAUUCAAAUCGUUGCGCGAAUCCUUGAAGAAUCCGGAGUUCUUCAUCACCGACUUCGCUAAGUUCGACCGUCCAUCAACGCUCCAUGCAGGUUUCCAGGCCCUCUCGGAAUUCAGGGCUAAAGAGCAACGCUUCCCUCGUCCCCGCAACUCCGAGGACGCCGCCAAGUUUGUUGCAUUGACGAAGAAGAUCGAUGCUGAUGCUGACGAGAAAAUUCUCACCGAACUUGCGUUCCAAGCUACUGGCGAUCUGUCGCCGGUUAACGCUGUUAUUGGUGGUUUCAUCGCUCAGGAAGUCCUCAAGGCUUGCUCUGCUAAGUUCCAUCCCAUGCUCCAGCACCUGUACUUCGAUUCACUCGAGUCUCUGCCUAACGAGCUGCCAACCGAGGAAGAUUGUCAGCCUGUUGGCAGCCGGUACGACGGCCAGAUUGUAGUAUUCGGCAGGAAAUUCCAGGAAAAGAUUGCUAACCACCGUCAAUUUUUGGUCGGCGCUGGUGCUCUUGGCUGCGAGCUGCUCAAGAACUGGAGUAUGACGGGUCUUGCAACCGGCCCGAAGGGUCAAAUCACUGUUACCGACUUGGACACCAUCGAAAAGAGUAACCUUAACCGUCAGUUCUUGUUCCGCGCCAAGGAUCUCGGCAAGUUCAAGUCGGAAGUCGCCGCGGCUGCUGUGGCGGACAUGAACCCUGACCUUAGGGGCAAGAUCGUCGCCAAGCAGGAGCCCGUAGGUCCUGACACUGAGAACGUUUACAACGAAGAGUUCUUCGCCAGCAUCGAUGGCGUUACCAACGCUCUCGACAACGUGAAAGCGCGUCUGUACAUGGACCAGCGCUGUGUCUUCUACGAGAAGCCUUUGCUCGAGUCAGGUACCCUCGGCACCAAGGGUAACACUCAGGUCAUCAUUCCGCACCUCACGGAAUCGUACUCUUCGUCACAAGAUCCACCAGAGAAGGAGACGCCUUCGUGCACAGUCAAGAACUUUCCUAAUGCCAUCCACCACACGAUUGAGUGGGCGCGGCAGGAGUUCGAUAGCUUAUUCGUCAAGCCUGCACAGUCCGUCAACUCGUAUCUCUCAGAGCCGAAUUUCCUCGAGAACAACCUGAAGUACUCUGGUCAGCAAAAGGAGCAGGUCGAGCAGCUUGUCGAAUACCUUGUUAGCAACAAGCCGUUGACCUUCGAGGAGUGCAUCGUCUGGGCUCGUCUGCAGUUUGAGGAGAAGUACAGCAACGCCAUCAGGCAGCUGCUCUUCAGUCUGCCGAAAGAUGCCGUCACCAGCACUGGCCAGCCCUUCUGGAGCGGUCCUAAGCGUGCGCCCGAUCCUUUGACCUUCAACUCGAGCGACCCUACUCACCUGGCGUACGUCAUUGCUGCUGCCAACCUCCACGCCUACAACUACGGCUUGCGCGGCGAGACGGACCCUGUCGUUUUCAAGAAGAUUGCAGACAGCGUGAUCGUGCCCGAAUUCACUCCAAAGAGCGGCGUGAAAGUUCAGGUCAACGAGAACGAGCCUGUGCAGAGCGAAGCGUCUGCAGACGGUCCGGACGCCCCUGAGCUCUUGAAGCAGCUGCCCGCGCCUUCGUCACUGGUCGGCUACCGCUUGAACCCCGUUGAGUUCGAGAAAGACGACGACACCAACCACCACAUUGACUUCAUCACCGCUGCGUCCAACUUGCGUGCUAUGAACUACAGCAUCAACCCCGCCGACAGGCACUCGACCAAACAGAUUGCAGGCAAGAUCAUCCCCGCUAUCGCCACCACUACCUCGCUUGUCGUCGGUUUGGUCUGCUUGGAGCUGUACAAGAUUAUCGACGGCAAGAACAAGCUCGAGCAGUAUAAGAACGGCUUCGUCAACCUCGCGCUACCCUUCUUCGGCUUCUCAGAACCUAUUGCGGCCAAGAAAAACAAGUAUGGUAGCACUGAGUGGACGCUCUGGGACCGCUUCACGUUCGAGAACGACCCGACGCUGAGGGAGAUCACCGAGUGGUUUAAGAAGCAGCACAACCUCGAGGUGUCGAUGGUCAGCCAGGGCGUCAGCAUGCUCUGGAGCUCGUUUGUCGGCAAGAAGAAGAGCGAGGAGCGCCUGCCGCUCAAGUUCAGCAAGCUCGUCGAGACGGUCAGCAAGAAGCCGAUCCUGCCACAUGUGAAGCACCUCAUUGUCGAGGUCAUGGUCAUGGAUGAGGAAGGCGAGGAUGUCGAGGUGCCGUUCAUCGUCGUCAGGCUCUAAGACGGACGUGCCGAAAACAGAAGACAAGAAAGCGAGAAGCCGCAACGUGUGAAGAUAGAAAUAUGUAGCUAUUAGAUAUAUCAAAGCCGUUUUUCGUGCUCUGGAUCGCAUCGACUGUGAAUGUGGACUGUAUGAUCCUUAAUUUCGUCCAUUGUAAAGCCGUCGGCAGAAGAACACAUUG